CUCCCUGCGUAAACGGCAACUUCACUUUUUGCCCACCUCAAUCUUGCCUUCGAUUCUGCGAGAAUUCACUUCCUUUGCACCAACUACGUACAAGGGCAGCUCGUUCUGAGUACCGGAGAUUCGGCGGCUGGUUUUGGCGCCUGGGGAAGGUUGGAUCAACGAGAAAGACUUCGGCUCUUCCCCACCAACUUGCGGGUCGUGUUGACCGUCCUGUGUCUUGCGAAAUGUCAUCGAUAAGCCUACCACUCUACGGAGCCAAGAGCGGAGCAACUUCGCUUGGAGGGAGCUCUGUACAAAUGCCAGAGUAUGUUCGCCGUUUUUUCCAAUAUCCACAAAUGGAUAUGGACUACACCUUGUGGCAAAUGCUCUAUCUUUGCGUCGCACCAUCACGUGUGUACAGAACCACAAAAUACCACAAGCAAACAAAGAACCAGUGGGCACGAGACGAUCCGGCUUUCAUCGCCAUCAUGGUAUAUUUUAUGGCUAUUUCGUCACUUGGAUAUGCAAUAGCGUUUCACAAGAGUGUAGGGGGCUUUUUCAAAGCAAUCCUGUAUGCUAUUGUCGUGGAUUUCGGGCUUGUGGGAGUGUUAGCAGCGACGUUGGGAUGGUAUCUGGCCAACCAAUAUCUGUUGAUCGAGAACGCGGGGAGCCAUACAACCGAGCAAAAAGUUGAGUGGCUAUAUGCAUUUGACGUUCACUGCAACUCUUUCUUUCCGUUCUUCAUAUUAUUAUAUGUGUUUCAGUACUUUCUGAUGAUGGUGUUCAUGAAAGAUGGGUUUGUCUGCACACUGCUAGCGAACGCGACAUAUGCGCUUGCAUUCAGCUACUACUUGUACGUCACCUUCCUCGGGUACGACGUACUACCUUUUCUGCAACACACCACCGUGUUCCUGUAUCCAAUAGUCGGCGUGGCUGUUGCUUUCUUGGCUACGUGUCUUUUGAAGUUUAACAUUUCUCGUUUCGUCAUGAGUUCAUACUUCGGAUGACAAGAAAAGAGAACUUCAUGGGUCGAAACUUGAUGUCGGUGAACUACAGCAGGAACAGCAAUGUGCAUUACAAGUGAUUUUACGGAGACUGUGUACGAUAAAAAAGUGAGUGGUUACUUGUCCUCCAACUUCAUGGAUUCGAAUGAACUUCCGAGCAAAGAUAUCUGUUGAAACAGGUCUGCCAUGUCAUUAAUGAACUUUCCGUUGUUUCCGGCGUACUUUUGUAGGUACGGCAGGGUUUCCUUGUCUUCAAGCAACGCUCUAUCCCUUUGUGAGAGUUCAUCAAGGUUCUUCGCUUUCAUAAUAGCGGCCAGAUAGCUGUUGCCAAACUUCUGUCCACCUAACGUCAAUAGGGACACGUUUGAGGAAACCAGCACGGCACCGCGCUUCUUAGAGGCAACUUUUCCGUAUGUGACGUCGUCAACUCCAUCCUCAUCCUCAUCGUCGUCGUCGUCAGUGAUUGCAGUAGCUCUCAACUUCUCAGCCCGGCUUUGUCCAAUAUCAUUCAAAGAUCCAACGGCACCGUGGAACAAAACUACAUCCCGUGGACCGUUUAGCCCCGCAGAAUUGAAGGCUUCUUUCAGCUCCUGUGCUGUAGCACCAGGUUUAUAGAGACCGGACUUCCAUUCCGGAUCGGGCCCCUUCGCAUCCUCACGUCCCAGUUGAAUGACAAUGCGCGGUCCGCCGGUAACUUCUAUAGCUACAGCACCUGCAAAGGCACAUGUAUCGGCGUAGCUCAUGUCCUGACGCUGCAGGGACCUCACGCCUUCGAUAGCUUUAUGGGCUUCCGCAAGGCCCUUGUUGGCCUCUCUGUCGAGCUCAAGUCUAAGGCUUCCGUUGGGCCCUCCAUCCAGGGUUUGCGGAUUAAACGUUAGGGCAUCAUGUAGGGUUAGCUCGAAGAGGUAUGGAAGAAGCUCGGGCUUCUCGGUCAAAACGUUUCUGACGUUUUGUUUUACCUCUGAAAGAAACGGCAAGUAGCGAUGACAGUUUCGUUGGAAGUUAGCAGCUGAAGGUUCUCCGACUCACGCGAAAAGGCAUGCAUGAUCAGCCCUCUUCCAUAGCAGUGAAGGAUGGCUGGUUUAACGUACUGUUUAUGGCGCUGACCUUGAGCUCUGUUCCAUUUAUAAAGACAAAAACAACUUGCGGUCA